AUGUCCCUAAAACCAAUUCAAAAACUUUUUCUCCAAUGUCUCGGACCCUCCCGAUCCUCGAAAACCGGCGACCUGUCCGACAUACCAACCAGAAAAACUGCGGAUGAGUUAGAAUGGGAACAACGUCAGAAGUUUGUCGUAGAGAUUCCGAAAAAUGCGUUCCGGUUCUAUUUGGAGGUCAAAAUGCAGGGACAGAGUCAUUUGGUUGAGAUGUGGAGCUUUGAUAAGGUUUUCGAUAUCAAGGCGCAGAUUAUGAUUCAUCAUAAGAUUCCAUUUGAGUCAAUUGUGGUGUUGAAAGGAAACACAUUCCUCGAAGACGACCAAACUUUGGAGCAUUAUGGGAUUGGUGUCAACGGUACCGUUCAAAUUCGCAUCCGCCCGGACUUCAGAAAGCGGAAGGCGCGAAAUAUUAUUUAUUGUGAUUAA